AUGUCUGAGGAUGAAUCUCCACCGUUAGAUCUACGCCCCGAACCACCUUGCUCCUCUUCCUCCGCCGUCGAUUCCACGCCGAACAAAUCCAGGAACUGCAUCUCUUCCUCCACAGCCUCCCAGACUUUCCCCGACCACGUCCUCGAGAACGUCCUCGAGAACGUGCUCCAGUUCCUCGAUUCGAGAUGCGACCGCAACGCAGCUUCUCUAGUCUGCAAAUUGUGGUGGAAAGUCGAGGCCUUGACUCGAUCCGAAGUCUUCAUCGGAAACUGCUACGCGCUCUCUCCGGCGAGGCUGACUCAGCGAUUCAAGCGGGUCAAGUCUCUGGUGCUCAAAGGGAAACCUAGGUUUGCUGAUUUCAAUCUCAUGCCUCCCGAUUGGGGCGCUAAUUUCGCUCCUUGGGUUUCCACCAUGGCUAAAGCUUAUCCUUGGCUUGAGAAAGUCGAUUUGAAACGGAUUUUCGUCACUGAUGAUGAUCUCGCACUCGUCGCUGAGUCGUUUCCUGGAUUUAAAGAGCUUAUCUUGGUUUGCUGUGAAGGAUUCGGCACUAGUGGCAUCGCUAUUGUUGCCAACAAGUGCAGAAAGCUUAAAGUUCUUGAUUUGAUCGAGUCUGAGGUCACAGACGAUGAAGUGGAUUGGAUAUCUUGUUUCCCUGAGGACGUGACUUGUUUGGAAUCUCUAGCUUUUGAUUGUGUGGAAGCUCCUAUCAAUUUCAAGGCCUUGGAAGGUCUUGUUGGUAGGUCACCGUUCUUGAAGAAACUCAGGCUCAACAGGUUUGUGUCUCUCGAGGAGCUGCAUCGCCUGUUGCUUGGAGCUCCGCAGUUAACGAGCCUUGGCACAGGCUCGUUCAGCCAUGACAAUGAGGCUCAUCAUCAGAGCGAGCAAGAACCAGAUUACGCCGCUGCGUUUCUUGCUUGUAAGUCUGUGGUUUGUCUGUCAGGAUUCAGGGAGCUAAUGCCGGAGUAUCUCCCGGCUAUCUUUCCGGUCUGUGCCAAUCUCACCUCCCUCAACUUCAGUUAUGCUAACAUCUCUCCUGACAUGUUUAAGCCCAUCAUUCACAAAUGCCAUAAGCUCCAGGUUUUCUGGGCUCUUGAUUCGAUAUGUGAUGAAGGACUACAGGCAGUUGCAGCGACAUGCAAGGAGCUACGUGAGCUCCGGAUCUUUCCUUUUGAUCCCCGGGAAGACAGUGAAGGCCCUGUCUCUGAGUUAGGCCUCCAAGCAAUCUCCGAGGGAUGUAGGAAGCUAGAAUCGAUUCUCUACUUUUGCCAGCGGAUGACGAAUGCGGCGGUGAUAGCCAUGUCAGAGAACUGCCCUGAGCUUACUGUGUUUAGGCUCUGCAUAAUGGGUCGACACAGACCUGACCACGUGACAGGGAAGCCAAUGGACGAAGGGUUUGGUGCCAUUGUGAAAAACUGCAAGAAGCUAACACGCCUUGCUGUCUCCGGUUUGCUUACGGAUCAAGCGUUUAGGUAUAUGGGUGAGUAUGGGAAGUUGAUCCGUACUCUGUCAGUAGCUUUUGCAGGGGACAGUGACAUGGCCCUGAGGCAUGUCCUUGAAGGUUGCCCUAGACUGCAGAAGCUAGAGAUAAGGGACAGUCCGUUCGGGGAUGUGGCGUUACGCUCCGGUAUGCAUCGGUACUACAACAUGAGGUUCGUUUGGAUGUCGGCGUGUAGCUUGUCUAAGGGAUGCUGCAAGGAUGUUGCGCGUGCAAUGCCGAAUCUGGUUGUGGAAGUGAUUGGAUCGGAUGAUGAUGAUGACAAUAGGGAUUAUGUUGAGACUUUAUACAUGUACCGGUCUCUUGAUGGUCCAAGGAAGGACGCACCAAAGUUUCCUCUCCUCCGGGAAAAGGCUCCUUGUAUCUCAGACCGCUCUUGUUCAGAAGUGGAGCAAGCUUGGGUGUGUCUGCAGUAUCAGAGAAGGUACAGCAGCCUUGAACCUCUACGUGGAGGAACUGGUGGUGUAAAGGCGAUUUCUAAUUACGGUCUGGUGCUUGAAGGGAUGAGAAGAGCGAAAGCGAGAGGGUUUUCUGAUGUUUCGCAUUGA